AUGUUUAGACAAUUAACUAGAACAUCCUUUUUAGCUCCAAGAUUGACCAGAAGUUAUAUUGCUGGUCAAUUCACUGGUUCUAAAAAAGCCAAUGGUAAAUAUACCGUUACUUUAAUUGAAGGUGAUGGUAUUGGUGUUGAAAUUUCUCAAGCCGUUAAAGAUAUUUACGCUGCAGCCAAUAUUCCAAUUGAAUGGGAACCAGUUGAUGUUACUCCAUUAUUAAUUGAUGGUAAAACUACUUUACCUCAACCAGCUGUUGAUUCAGUUAAUAGAAAUUUGGUUGCAUUAAAAGGACCAUUAGCUACUCCAGUUGGUAAAGGUCAUACUUCCAUGAAUUUAACUUUGAGAAGAACCUUUAACUUAUUUGCUAACGUUCGUCCAUGUAAAUCAAUCGUUGGUUACGAUACUCCAUAUCAAAAUGUUGAUACUGUUUUAAUUAGAGAAAAUACUGAAGGGGAAUAUUCUGGUAUUGAACAUACUAUUGUUCCUGGUGUUGUUCAAUCCAUUAAAUUAAUUACCAAACCAGCUUCUGAAAAAGUUAUUAGAUAUGCUUUUGAAUACGCUAAAUCAAUUAAUAAACCUCAUGUUUUGGUUGUUCAUAAAGCUUCGAUUAUGAAAUUAUCUGAUGGUUUAUUUGUUGAAACUGCUAAAGAAAUUGGUAAAGAAUAUCCUGAUGUUUCAUUAGAUUUUGAAUUAUUAGAUAAUACUUCUUUAAAAUUAACUGCUGAUCCAAAUGAAUAUAAAAACGUUGUUAUGGUUAUGCCUAACUUAUACGGUGAUAUCAUGUCUGAUUUAUCGUCUGGUUUAAUUGGUGGUUUAGGUUUAACUCCUUCUGGUAAUAUGGGUAAUAAAGUUUCUAUUUUUGAAGCUGUUCAUGGUUCUGCUCCUGAUAUUGCUGGUAAAGGUUUAGCUAACCCAACUGCUUUAUUGUUAUCUUCUUGUAUGAUGUUAAGACAUAUGUCUUUAACUGAAGAAGCUGAUAAAGUUGAAACUGCAGUUUUGAAAACUAUUGCCGCUGGUCCUGAAAAUAGAACUGGUGACUUGAAGGGUACCGCUACUACUAAACAUUUCACUGAACAAGUUAUUGCUAACUUGUAA